UUCUGCUGCCGCUGGUCGGGUAACAGCGAGCCACCUUCCAGAAAUGGUGUAGAAUAUCAGGAAAAACGACGAGGGAGCACGGCCAGAAAGAAGAGCGAGGCUACGAGACUUACGCCAACGGCACAGGAGAGCCAUUCAGAAGAGCCGGGGGUCAAAGGUGAGAAGAGCAGAGGGCACCAUGGAGAGUGAGCCGGGGGCCCCUGCCUCCACGGCCAGCAGCACCGGGACCACCACCCUCACCACCAGCUCCUCCAGCACCACAGCUGCCAGCAGUAGUAGUACUUCUAACACUACUGCUACUACUUCUACCACUUCCACUAGCAGUAGUAAUUGUAGUAGCAGCAGCAGUAAUAACACUAGCAGUAGUUCCAGUAGUAGUACUACAACAGGAAGGCAGGCAGUCCCUCAAAUAUCUGUUUACAGUGGGAUACCUGACCGACAAACAGUGCAGGUGUUCCAGCAGGCACUACACAGACAGCCUAACACAGCAGCACAGUACCUGCAGCAGAUGUAUGCUGCUCAGCAGCAGCAUCUGAUGUUGCAAACCGCAGCCCUCCAGCAGCAGCACAGCCUCAGCACUGCUCAGCUCCAGAGCCUGGCUGCUGUACAGCAGGCCAGUAUUGCAGCUGGGCGGCAAAGCUCUUCGCAGAAUGGCACUUCAUCUCAGCAAACAGGAUCUACUCAGGCUACGAUCAACCUGACCACCUCCCCAGCAGCAGCUCAGCUAAUCAGCCGGGCCCAGAGCAUUAGUUCUACCCCCACCAGUAUUUCUCAGCAGGCUGUUCUGCUGGGAAGCCCAUCCAGUCCCACUCUCACGGCCAGCCAGGCACAGAUGUACCUGCGCGCACAGAUGGCCCAGCAGAGCAACCUGGUGCAGGUGGCCAGGAGUCUGGGCCGGGCUGUUCCUCUGUCCCCGCAGCUCAUCUUCACGCCAACAGCCACAGUGACGGCUGUCCAGUCAGAGAGUUCCACACAGGCUUCCUCACAGAAUCAGGUUCAGAACCUGGCCAUCCGUGGCCAGCAGGGGGCGACCACGUCUUCCUCUCAAACGCAGACUCUGCAGGCUCUGAGUCUGAAGCAGAGCCCUGUGGCCAUCCAGCCCACCUCAUUGAUCAAGAAUCCUAGCCAGGGGACUCAGGCUGCCACAGGAGGGAAGACCAGCUCUUCUGACAGCCCUUCUGAUGGAGGGAAGAAGGGGGAUGGUGCAGCAGUCACAGAAGUCCGAGCUAUAAAUAUGAGCCGCAGUGUUACAGCUGUCAGUGCUCAACCUCUGAUUGCUCCAGCGUACACCCAGAUUCAGCCACACUCUUUGGUACAGCAGCACAAGCAGCAGCAGCAGCAGCAGCAGCAGUUUGUGGUCCAUCAGAAUCAAGGAUCCCAGAAGACUACUGGCCAGCUGCUGCAGACAGCCUCCAUCCAGCCAUCACAGCACCCUAUCCCUGUGCUGCCCAAACCUGCUCCACACCAGCCCUCUACACCCAGCCAGCAGGCCACCAUCUUCCACUCCACCAUCAGCCCCCAUGCCCUCCACUCUUCCCUCGGCCAUGCCAAAGCUCAGCCCGUCCAGCUUACUGCCAUCAACCUUCAAAUACAGCCAACGGCCUCUCGGCUGGUUCAGGACAGUAAAGAUAAGCCAACCUCAUUGGUGGUGAGAGAGACGUGUCCAACCCCCUCCACACAGCAACAGCAGCAGCAGCAGCAGCAGCAGCAGCAGCAGCAACAGCAGCAACAGCAGCAACAGCAACAGCAACAACAACCACAACCUGCACCUUUGCUGUCACAACCCACCAAGCCUGUAGAGCAGCCCAAGGUUGACACAGCUAUACCAGCUGUUCAGCCACAAGGAGGGGGCUCAACCAAGAGGCAGAGUGCUGCACCUGGGACUCCACCUCCAGCCAUGACCUCAGGAAAUGAGAACGAGGCGCCCAGCGUGACGGGUAGCACGCCGCAGAACGGGGAGAACAAACCGCCCCAGGCAAUCGUCAAGCCCCAGGUCCUCACACAUGUCAUCGAAGGCUUUGUCAUCCAGGAGGGAGCCGAGCCGUUCCCAGUCUGUGUGGAGCGUCUGCCCAUUCUCAUUGACAGCCCAAAGAAGCUGGAUCAUCAGCUCUCCUCAGACCCUGACAAAACUCCGGUCAGCAACGCAGCAAACACAGACUCUGAGCCAGAGGACAUGAACCAGCCAGAAAAAGAACCAGAACCGAAGCUGACAUGUGAAUACUGCGGCUGGGUCGACUUUGCCUACACCUUCAAGGGCUCUAAAAGAUUCUGCUCCGUGGUUUGUGCAAAAAGGUACAAUGUGGGCUGUACUAAGCGGAUAGGCCUUUUCCGUCCAGAGAGGAGUAAACCAACAAAUCGCUGGCGAAGAAGAUCUCAGGGUCGCUCCAGUAUAGAGGCUAAGAAGCAGAAGCUGUCCCCCUCACCACAGCAGACUCAGGGUGGCUCUGUAUCCUCACCACAUCCCUCACAGCCCAGUCAGGAAGAGUCCAGCCCGUGUUCGGACAUGUCCAGCUACGAAGAGCCGCCGUCUCCCCUGUCAGCAGCCAGUUCAGGACCCCUGGCUCCUGCUCCGGCCCCAGCUCAGGUCCCUGUCCACAGGCAGCCAAGCAGGGCCUCGGACCAAGAGGGCUGCGCUGGGAGAGAUGCACCUUCACUCUGUCACCGCUUUUUACCCAACGACCCUGCCAAGUGGAACGUGGAAGAAGUUUAUGAGUUCAUCCGUUCUCUGCCAGGUUGUCAGGAGAUAGCAGACGAGUUUCGGUCUCAGGAGAUUGAUGGACAGGCCUUGCUCCUGUUAAAAGAGGACCACCUCAUGAGCACCAUGAACAUUAAACUGGGGCCUGCACUUAAGAUCUUUGCACGCAUCAACAUGCUUAAAGACUCAUAGCAGGAAAGUGUGUACGUGCAUUGAUCUGAGUGCAUCUGUAUUUGUGUGUGAGUGUGAGAGAGAGAGAGUGUGAGACAGAGAGAGAGAGUGUGAGACAGAGAGAGAGAGAGAGAGAGAAGAGCAGUGUGUAAAACCUUAGCACAGGGCAAAGGAUGCAUCAUUGUAGCACUGACGGCAUAGAGCACUGACUGUACUGUGACCUUGCCUUCUCUCCACUGGACUGGUUCCUUUGAUACAGAAUGUCACUGUAGCUGGACUUGACCCCACAGACUGCUCAUAUUCAACUGCAUCAGCUCAAUAACCAUGUGAUUUUUCUUUUUUUAACUUUGGCUCUUGGGACUGAAGCUGGUUUUACUAGUGGUGGCAUGAGCACUUGAAUCACACAGACCUGCAGUGUGAUAUAGAAGCUGUCUGUGUUCACAUGCACUCAUGGGAGUUAAGCAGUUUUUUACUAGUUAGAAACAAUGUAGGCAGUGGACUGAAAUGAAAUCAGGAGACAGAGUGAGAGCUGUGCCAAAUUCCAAAGUGUGGAUUCUCGCAUUAAAUGAGGGAAUAUCUUUGACUGAUGUGGCAGAACGGCCAAUUUUUGUAUCCGGAUAUCUGAUCUCGAUAAGAAACGUAUUAAUGCAGGUGCAAAUGGUUGCAGAACACAUUGCAAUCACACUGCUAUCAGUUCCACCAGACUAGAUUUUGAGGUGGUCUGGCUCACAUUGUGAUCAGAUCUCAGCCAGGAGUAAAUGCCAACCAGUGUGAGAGAGAGAGAUGGGACUGGAAAUGAGGGGGGAAGAGAGAAAAGGGACAACAUUCAACAAAGGAGGCUCAGGUUUAUGGUCAGCACCUUAACCCAGAGGCCGCCAAGGUGCCCUGGUUGGCAGAGAAAAAGCAAGGUGAAAGAUCACCUAACUAAGUUUCUUCUUGCUAUCUCAAGUUGCCCGUCACAAAGCUACACACGACCCCUUCCUCUGGAAAGGAAAAGUAAGUAGAACGAUGGAACAACAGCAUUGCUCUCACGUGCCUUGCUGUAUACCCAUUUUGAAUUGUAAGAUCUGAUCAUGAUGCAGGCAGAAUUAAGAUAAGAGCACAUAUUAACACAAGGUGUGGUUGCAGGCAGCGCCUAGAGGCCUUUAUCAAAUGUCAUUAACCAGAUAAGACAUGUAAACACAGAUUCCAUGAUAAAAGCAGGUGUAAAUGUGGCAGUUCAGUUCAGUGGAGAACAUAAGGCUGAAAGAAAGGGCUGUGCCAAAGUGUACUACCUGUUCAGUUGUGUCGAGGUUGGCUCAUGCUGCAAAACAGUCGUUGCUAAACUGAGGCAUUAAGACACACGAGUGAAGUCUGAAUUUAUUAUUAUAUUAUUAGAUAUGUCAUUUGUACCGUUUCGUUAGCGUGUGAAUGAGAGAGAAAUUACUCUGUGUGUUGCUGGGAACAGAAGAUUGCAUUCAUUAAUUUGCUCAUUUUUAUUCAGUAGAUGCUCCUUUGCCUUUUCUCACAAUAAGACUCUCACCACUCUUGAAUACAAAGCUUGAAUGCAGAGAAACCGUCUAAGCAGCUUCUUUUGUGACAUUGAUUUUCCUUUCAUGAGGAACUCGCCAGUUUUCUCCUGUAGAUUUAAACUGCUUGCAAAUGAUUUUUUUCUCUUUUGCCGCUUUUUCAAAAUGAUUUACGAAAAUGUGACAUCGAUGUCUUGUCUCAGUUUCAUAGGACGCUAAAUUAUCCAAGGAGCAAUUCAGGUAUGCUGCGCUCUGCACAGCCCUGCUUUUGGCACUUAUUUUCUUUUUCAUUUGCUUUAAUCUUAUGAGACACCUAAAGUGAGAAUGGCAUUUGUGCAGUAAUUCAAACAAGUUUAUUUGUACAUAGCAGCUCAAGUGAGGAAAGAGACUGACUGUAACUAAGUGUGAAACUGUCUUUUUUUUUUUUAAGUUAUCCCUGUUAUUUUAAAACAGAAAUUUAAUGGUGUUCAAUAUUUUGAAAUAUGCAAAUAUAUAAAUAUCAUGGCCUGAGAGUUGUUUUUUAAGGUUUCUUUUCUAAUGAAAAUAUGAUCAUAUCUAUUUGUGUUUUGUGGCUGUGAUGGAAGGUCAACUUUUUUAGAUGAUGCUUUGUUAAAUGCUUGUAUUUAUCAAAACAGUUUGUUACACAACAUUUUGCAAUUAUACAUAAUUUGCAGUACAGUUCUGUCUUGGGACAUUUUUUGAGUGUGUCUGCGAGUAAAAAAUAUUUUUAAGUGUU